AAUACAUAAUUUUUAUUUUUGAAGAUGAUAAGAAACAGUAGUUCAUACAGCGUUUAGGAGUCGACAUACCAUAUUUAAAAACCUAGCUCGAAUUUAGACAUGAAUUGUACCAAUAAACUCUUAUAAAAGCUUCAAUGUGUUUAAGUCAAGAAUUCUAAUAAAAUAGAUCAUUGAACAAAUAAUAUGCCAACAGAUUUUUAGGUGAGUGGCAUGAGGAGACCUAUCGGGUAACAAGAAAAUAUGUUCCUUCCCAGACAAAAGGUUUGAAUUUGUAUACAACCUAUUGCACUCCAGAAAAUCCAAUUGCAACAAUAGUGAUACUUCACGGGUAUGGAGAUCAUUCUGGUAGAUACUUUCACGUAAGAUAAGCCAUCAUAAUUAGGUUGCAGAUGAAUAUGCAAAAUACGGGUUUUAAGUCAUUUUAUAUGACUAAAGGGGAUUUGGUAAUUCAGGUGGCAUAAGAAGUCAUGCAGAUAUCAAAUAAAUGCAUUAAGAUCUAGAAUGCAUUUUAGAAACAAUUGAAAGAUCCUAACCAAUAUUUUUAUAAUGCUAAUCUCUAGGUGCUGCGGUUGGAUUAAGUUUCUGUAUUGCGAAUCCUUCAAUUAUCGUAUAAGGAGUCAUAGUAGUAAAUCCAUAUCUUUAAUUUGCCAAAAAAUAUGGAUUUUUCAAAAGGAUGUUGCUUACUGUAAUGAAUAAGAUCAUUCCUGUAUAAUUUCUAAGUUAUUUUAAGGGUCUCAUGGUUAAUUCCUAUAUAGAUUAUGGUCAUUGCAGUAAAAACAAUAACAUAAUCAAAAGUGUUGCUGAGGAUAGUCUUGUACAACCAUUUAUGAGUAUUGGAAUGGCUUAUAACAUAUUGCAGUUGGAUUCUUAUAUUUUACCCAAUGCUAACUAGUAAAACAUUGGAAUUAUUAAAGAUUCACUUAACCUUUAUUGAUUUUACAUGGGAAGGAGGACAAAGUAGCCAGUCAUAUGAAUUCAGUAGAAUUAUAUCGUGAAGCAGGAUCGAAAGACAAGACAUUAAAAUUAUUCGAUAAAGGAUUUCACGAACUCCAAAAUGAUGUAGAAUUUGAAAGAGUGAAAAACGUAAUCUUGAAUUGGUGUUAAAAAUCAAUUAAUAAGGAUAAAAGAAUUAGUAUUAUAUCAAUCAUAUAUUUUAGGUUAUUUAAGAGGCAUAAAUCAUGGUUUAAUUGCCAAGAACAAUAAUAGUUCGAAAUUCUUAGUUCUUUCUUGGAUUUUUAUAUAUUACAUGUUAAAAAAGUAAAAAUUUGAAGUAUUUAUUAGUAAAAUGAAAAAUCUUGGAAAGAUUGCUAAAUCUAUUUGUAUUUUAGCAUUGAUGAUCGCAUCUCUUAUUGUUCGUAUUAGAUGGUGA